AUGCCGCUUCUGCAAAAAGAGCAUUUCAAACGUAAGCCAAAAAGGCCGCAAAAAGCACACGAAAAUAGGUCGGGAAUUUCAGUGCGAAAGCAUACUCGCUACCUGACGAUCCAUCGAGUUGUCGAGCACAAAACGUGGCACGAACUGGCCUAUGAGGAGCGUGUUCGGAGGGAAAACCGAAGAAUACCGAAGAUUUGUCGGAAGAUCUUCUUGAAAUGGCACCUGGAACAGUGGGCGGCGAGGCAGAAGUUCAAGAGGUUGAAGGAGAAGAACAUCGACGAGAGUAUUUGUGUGGCUGUGAGUUUUGGUCUUUUAAAGGACCAGGGAGCCCAAAAAUUUUUUGAUUUUUUUGUGAAAUGUUUUUGUGACUGUUUGAAUUGUCUCUUAUUGCCUCAUACACUGGUGAAAUGCUGCCUCUCAAAAAUUCCAAUGAACGAAACGGCAUGCAGUUGGGCCGAAAAAUAUAUAAAAAUAUAUGCGCUUCUCGGCCGUUUUAUUUUUUCCGCUUUUUUACCGGUUUUUUUCCAAAAAUUAACGGUUUCUCCCAUUUUUCAGUUGAUUGACAUUUGUUCGGCACUUACUUAUUUUUUCACUGCUAAAAAAUUGUUUUCAUUCAGUCGAUAUAAAGUGCCAAAAUGGGAGAAACCGUGAAUUUUUGGAAAAAAACCGGUAAAAAAGCGGAAAAAAUAAAAUGGCCGAGAAGCGCAUAUAUUUUUAUAUAUUUUUCGGCCAUUGGCGCUAGGCCACGGCCACAACUUCAACUGCAUGCCGUUUCGUUCAUUGGCAUUUUUGAGAGGCAGCAUUUCACCAGUGUAUGAGGCAAUAAGAGACAAUUCAAACAGUCACAAAAAAAUUUUCACAAAAAAUUAAAAAAAAAUUUUGCGUUCCCUGGUCCUUUAAAUAAAGAAAUUUCUCAUUGCUUGUUCCUGAACAACUUCUCCACGUUUAAGCACUUAUAUCUCGAGAACCACUGAUUAUUUUGUAAAAUUGUCAUUUGCAAAAACGUUGCAAAUUUUAAAUUGAACAACUUUUUAGUUGACCAUUUUACUCAAUAAUUCUUUAUUUCAAAGUUACACGCCUUUUUAAACAUGCCGUUUUUAGAAGCAAUGGUACUACGUGCUCAAGAAACAUCCGCUGAGGCCGAGAGUUGAGUGGAGUUUUCAAAGGGUUCACAAGUAAUUAUCUUUUCAAUUUUACUAGUCUAACAACCUAUUUUCAUUCAGAUUGAGCCUUAAAAACGAGAGAAUUGCUCAAGAACUCGAGGAGCUGAUGGACUGCGCCGAGAGAUACGCUCUGAUCGAGCAUUUGUCAGAGGACCAUCAGAAGCGGUUGCAAGCGGAGCUGGCAAAACUUGAUAGUGGGCUAAAUAUGAAAUAUAUUAUACUUUUCUGCAAACGGAUCAAUUCAGAGAUUGAAACUUAUCACUUGGAGGUCAAGAACAACCAGGACAUCCUGCUGCGUUCGCAGUCUUUGGCAGCCAUGAAAAUUCGCAUUUUUUUCGAGCAGAGGUACGUUAUGAGGUUCUGAAAGUUUUUGUGUAAAAUGUUCAUGCCUCGUACUGUAUUUGAUUAGUUGAACACUUUUUUGUAGGACCCCUCUGAAGAGUACUGUAGCUUUUUGAAGCUACAAAUGUACAAAACUAUCGCUCAACUUUCAAGCGCUACAGUACUCUUCGGAGUGGUUUUACAAAAACGUUGUCAAGUACAAAAAUAAAGUCUACAACUAGUACUUUAUUUUUCUAGUUGACCAUAUUUAUGUACAACCUCUCCUUGGACUACUGUAGCGCUUAGAAAUUUAAAGUGCCUAUCCAGCUACAGUACUCCAGAGACUGAUGGUAGAAAAACGAUGAAAACUACAAAAAUACAGUACUAUGAAUGUACAAUAAGUACGUUUUCCAGAAAAGGUCUAAUCUUCGACAUCACGGACCUUUUGGACCCCUUGACUGGAAGCGUGACAAUCAAAAAGUUUCGAGAAGCGAUUCAAGUUAAGAUUAUGUCAUUUGCAAGUGAUGUUCAUACAAAGUAAGUAGUAUGCAACUUAAUUGUUUCGCUUUAUCCCCAUUUUUCAGUUUGCUGAAAAGAAAGUGGAAAAACGAGAAAGCGCGUAACAUUGUCCACAAUUGUGUGGUCCAAGAGACCACGAACGCCGCGUUCACAACCAUCCAGAAUUACCUGAAGGCGUUGCGGCAGAAGCCCUCUUUCCUCACCAUCGAAUGCUCGAUUGUCGACCGGAGACUGUGGGUGAACGUCGAGCAAAUCCGUCUCUUCCUCAAAGAGCCGAUCAGUACGAUGUGCUCGCUGGAGAAUGUGAGAAUGUCUUCGGAAGACUGUGAAAUGUGGCAGGAGGAGGCCGCGAUGGCCGUCGACGUACUCUCGCACGAGCACAUUGUGGCGCACGCGUUCUUGGAGCCCUACGCGUUUUUGGUCGAGGAUUAUAAGGUAGUUAUCAGGGUUGGGCGGAAUUCCGUCUGCCGUCUUCCGUCUUCCGUCUUCCGGGUUUUUUUUUGUACCGUCUUCCGUCUUCCGUGGUUUUUUUGUACCGUCUUCCGUCUUCCGGGAUAAGGUUUUGUACCGUCUUCCGUCUUCCGUCUUCCGUCUUCCGGGAUAAGGUUUUGUACCGUCUUCCGUCUUCCGUCUUCCGUCUUCCGGGAAAAGGUUUUGUACCGUCUUCCGUCUUCCGGAAUAAGGUUUUGUUCCGUCUUCCGUCUUCCGUCUUCCGGGAUUUUUUCUUCUUACCGUAAAAGAGUAAUAGCUUUUCAAAAGCCAUUUACUAGUCCCGAAGAACGCGAAUUUCCACGGGCAGUGACCCAGAUCCAAAAUGUCUGUUGCUUUAGUUAUUUUUUUCAAAAAAAAACAGGAGAAAAAGGUUCUGCAUUGACGAUUUUUUUGUUCCGUCUUCCGGAUUUCAAAAUUCCAUUUCCGCUCAACUCUAGUAUUUAUGGUGGGGUCGAAUGCACUUGGAUUGUCCUGAACCACCAACACUGUUCGUUCAAGAGAAUAUAUCUCACCUGGUAGUGGAGAUAGCCAAAAGUUGUCAACUAGUAAAAUGUUCAUGAAGAAAAUGUGCGCAUUUCAUCAGUUGACAACUUUUUGAUUUCUCCACCGGCAGCCGAGAUACACCGUCGAGCAGACUGCUUCUAAUUCACAAUCAUUUGAGGUCUCUUCGAAGCUGAGCGAAGAGGAGCUCAUCGAAAUGUACGACGCCUCGACGCACCUUCAAAUCCGUCUCACCAAAGCGGCCAAAUUCAUCGCCAUCCGUUGCUUCGUCGUUCGUUUGGAAAGCGUGUGGCUCGAGAUGGAACGACGCAUUCGCAGCUUUCGAAAUCAACUCAAAACGGGCAUCCGCCGCAAGUUUACGACGCAUCUGAACAGGUUGUUGCACGACUUUCGAAAGUACGACCGCGCCCUUCAGUACCGAUCGAUCGAUCCGUCGAUGAUGCUGAGCAACAAGGCGCAAGUCGACCUGAUGUUGCAGAAUGAGAUCGGCGAGAGUGCUCGACAGUUUGUGGCCACUUAUGACAAAGUGUUCGAGAUUACACAGGUAUGCAUGUCGAGGAAGGAAGAACCCGACAAUAGCUGGGGCAUCUUUUCAGCACGUCGCCCUGGACACCUCUCAAAUGGACACGCUCCUGCAGAUCGCUUCGCUCCGUCUCUCGCUUCCCCAGUGCAUAAACGAUCACUCUCACUUCUUCAACAAACGCAUUUCGACGUUUUUGCAUUUUGUGAAUGUAAGUCAUCGAAAUCUUGACGCGCUACAAUAUUCAUCAAUUCACGGCGACCAAAAGUGUAGAAAGGGGGGCGUGGCCUAAUCGGAGACGCGUUUUCUGAAAAUUGCCGCAAUUCCAGCACUUUUCCGAUAUUUUUGUGUGUUGAUAUCGACGAAAGAAGAGACAUUAAUGAGAGAAAAAAUCGAUAUUUUCGUGAAAACGCCGCGUUUGAGACGUUUUUGGCAUAUUUCGCAAUUUCGGAAUUUUCAUACCGGCCGAUCGGAAUAGUUUUGAGACGAAAUGAGUGUCGGAAGUGAUUAAGCACGUUAAUACAAGUAUUUUAAGCGUUCAAACGGCAAAAAGUAUCGGCGAAUGACUGAAAUUCGCGCAUUUUCAGCACAAAACUUGAAAAUCGAUAUCGAUUCAAUUGAUUGCUCGUUUUAAGCUCGAAAAAGUGCGCGCGAUGAUUAGUUUAACAAGGUUAUGCAAUUAAAUCGUCGAAAUCGUACAAAAUUUGGGUAAUUUUUUACGAAAAACAUGAAAAAAAUGGGGUUAAAUUUCAAAUUUCGCGCCAAAAUGGUGACAAAACCGUGCACGCUAGGCCACGCCCCUUUCUACGUUUUUUUGGUCGCCGUGAUAUCAACACAACAUUUGUUUUAGAAAAAGCAAACAAAAGUGAUGGGAAACGUUCAAAAGGCGAUGGACAAGCUGAAGAUUGUCCAAACGAUGGCCAGUCCGCAGGAGGUCGACACGUACCUCGCUCAAAUGGCAAAAUUGCGGCCAAUGCUCGACAGUCUGAUCACCGAGAUUGAGGAUUUGAACAAAUUCGAAAAGGCCGUCGACAUUCAGAUCUCCGACGUGACCAAGAUGAAGCAGUUUGUCGGCGAGAUCGACUCGUUGCAGAGUCUGUUCGAGGCGACCAGCGAGUACUAUCGACAUGUCAAGUUGGUCCCCUUUUUGUCCAGUUCUACGGACCAUUCUACACACUUUCAGCGCGUUUUUCGAGUCCCGUCGAACUCUUGUGAACAUCGAAGCGAGCCGUGUCUUCAUCGAACAGUUCACGACGCAAUUGUCGAUUUUUGAGGGAUGUCUGACCACGCACAGAGCUGCCAAACAUUUCAUCGCUUAUGUAGGUUGCCGUUCUAGGGACCGUUCAUUCAAACUCAUAUAUCUCAGCUGUGUGCAGAGAUAUCGAAAAGUUGACAACAGAUGAAAUGUACACAAUUCCUUGCUGAAUAUUUUGUUAGUUGACAACUUUGUGAUAUCUUCGCAGACAGCUGAGAUACGUAGUCCCGAAUAAUCAGUAUAUGACUAGAGAGGACUAAGAGUAUUUAGGCCAGAAAUGAGGUGGACGCCUUCAAGAAGAACUUCGCCGUCGCUGAAAUCAUGUCGUGUCGACGUCUUCUCGACGCUCACUGGCUCAGAAUGUCUGAAGUCGUUGGUAAGUGCAAAGUAGACGAUUCAAAAAACGAUAUGUUUCGUUUCGAUUUCAGGCUUCGACCUGACCCCCUACGCGAACAGUUCGAUCGCCCAAAUCUGUGAGCUCGGUCUCGAAGCGCACCUCCAGCAACUGAAGCCGAUCGCGUUCUCCGCCGAGCGAGAAGCCACGGCGGCCGAUCAGCUGCACGCGAUCGUCACGUUCUGGAGCCACGAGCACCUGGAAACGCGGUGCUACGUUCAGUGGAAGUUCUCGUUGGCGCUCCGACUUCGAGAACUGCACCACAAGGUUCAGAAUGACAUUCACACUCUGCGCCACAUGACGAACGUCGAACAGAUCACCGAUGACUCGCUGCCGUACGGGGGGAAAAGGGAAGGGAAAAGAGAAUGAAUGUUUGUGUUAAGGCAAUGGAUUGAUUGGACGAGUCGGACGGAGAGAAUUCUGAAGGCGUGGUGUGAAACGCAAAAGAAAUGGAUGCGAGUCGCGAUGAUCUUUGUCACUUGCCGCGAUACUUUACAAGUGAGCACGCUUCUUUCCUCAUUCCGACAAGAAACUGAAACUGUUGCUCAAAUCGUUUCCUCCAGAAAGAGUACGAUUUGUUGCGAACUUGCGCAAAGUACUGGAUAAAGAUCGAGCGGCACAUUGUGAAAGAUCCGUGCAUCUACCGGCUCAUUCAGCUGCCGCACCUUCCGUGCUGGCUCGAAAAGAUUCGUGGAAUGGUGGCUGUGAUCAUUCAGGGAGUGCGCGCACUUCUCGACCGCAUGCGAAUGACCAACGCGCGACUUUGUUUGUCCUCGGAACUCUCUCUUCUGAAUCUAUUCUCGACGACUUCGGUGGACACACGACUCCGGCUUCUCCUCAACGACUGUUUUCCAUCGCUCGCACGUCUUUGUUUCAACAGACGGUAAGUGAAGGGCCAAAAAGACGUCUUCGGCGAGAGAAGAAAGUUGUAGGAAUCAACUCGAGUUGGUGGAUUUGAAUGGUGAAAAGAUUACCGUCGAGCUGACAAAGGCUGAAAUUGAGGGGCAGGAGCCGUGCGAGCUCAUCAAGAGCAUCGAAUUGGCGUUCGCGUCGAAGCUCACCGAUGUAAGAGUUUGUUUGCUGUGAUGUAUCUCAGUUGUCUGCGGAGAUAUCGAAAUGGGGUCAACUGACAAAAUACACACAAUUUCUUAGUAAUCAAUUUGUUAGUUGACAACUUUUUGAUAUCUCUACAGACAGCUGAGAUAUAUCGCUUUGAACAGGGCCGGAGCUCUAAUCCAUAUAUCUCGGGACCGGAUAAUCCGAUCGGUCUGAAAAUUGAACCCAAUACUUCCUGAAUAUUUCUGAACAGUUCAAAACUAUAAUUUCUGUUACAGAUCAUCACUUACGAACGUCAAGACCGAUCGAAAGCGGCGAGCCGAAUCGGCGCCAACGUCGGAGAGUUGAUCGAGACUCGGCAGACUCUCGACCCCUUAUUUUUGAGCAGAGUGGUACAUAAUUGGAUUUAAAAUAUCUAUGUAGCGUAAAUAAUUAAAAUUUGACUUGAAAAACGCCUGUCACUGAAAAAUUAGCGUUCUUGGAGCUCAAAGCACUCGUCUCGCUAGUGGAUACCGUUUAGAAACUAGCUUUUAACUCAAGAAUCACGGGUUUUGGCAUAAAAUGAUCAACUGCAAAGUUGUUGAGCACAAAAUUUGCAACAACUUUUCAGUAGACCACUUUUUGAAAUAGUUAUCGUAACUCGAGAUAUAGAUGUCCAAACUUGAGCGACAAAAUGUGCUUUGAGGGCCUGGAAGCGCUUUAUCUUAAAGCAGUACAAGUAGUUUCAGGGCAAUUUUUCAGUGACAGGAGGUCUUAUCCGAUCAAUUUUAUAACAAUUUCCAGGAUAAACUCUACUAUGUGCAGCACAAAAGCAUCAGAUUCCAGGCGAUGGUUUGACUCGGUGUUAGAGUAGAUACUAAAGUAGAUAUUAGCCUAGACAGUCAAUAUUCACAGUUGUACCCACUCCCUAACACUUUUAAGAGGUGAUUUCAGGAAAAGUCGUACUUCCUGCAGCACAAAGCCAUCCAAAGGCAGUCGCUGAUCACCGUGGACUUUGUCUACUCGACUGAGACGAACAAAUUCAUGCCGCGGAGCUUGGCGGACAGCUGGAGCAGCGGACACAUCAUUCUGAUGGUCGGCGAGAUGAGCACAACCCGUUCGUUUGUGCUCAAACUCGCCAACUGUCUGUGCUCGAAUCUUCGCAUCGUCAACUCGCACGAUCUUCUCGAAGUGACCCUCCUCCGGCGGCUCACAAAAUGCGUGCCGAUGGCCAAUUGGUUCGUUCUUUUGGAAAACGUCGACCUGCUCAGCCCGCAGUUGACGUUCGAACUGUUCAAAAUGGUCGGCAGUCAGGCGGUGCCGUUCCCGCGCCUCUUUUUGAGUUCGACGGAAGAAAUCAAGAAUCAGAUGCCGGUCACUGUGGCCGUCGAGCAUUUGAAACCGGAUCUUGUCGUUGUCGACGUGCUCGACGAGCACAACAAAACGCCGUCUUUCAAGUUUGAGACGCCGACUCCGUUGUCCAGUGUCCGCUCCUUCACGCCAACUCGUCCGACACAGACGGCCAUCACGGCUGUAGCCCCACCGUCUUCGCCACACUCAAUUUUGCUGGAAAAGAUCGGAUCGAAGAUCAGAAACAGGUUGGAAAAGGAUAAUAUCGUUCUGAAAACUGAUGCUGUAUUUUUGUAAUUGACCACUUUUUUGUGGGACCACUCCGAAGAGUACUGUAGCUCUUGGAAGUUCGGCUAUGCCCAGCUGCACCGUUCAAACUUCCAAGAGCUACAGUACUCCAGAAAAUGGUUGUGGAAAAAAGUUGUCAAUUACAAAAAUGAAACUCUAGUUAUGUACUUUAUUUUUCUAGUUGACAACUUUUUUGUAUCAUCACCACCUGGAUUACUGUAGCUCUUGGAAGUUCGGCUAUGCCCAGCUGCUCCGUUCAAACUUCCAAGAGCUACAGUACUCCAGAAAAUGGUUGUGGAAAAAAGUUGUCAACUACAAACAUGAAACUCUAGUUAUGAACUUUAUUUUUGUAGUUGACCAUUUUUUUGUAUCAUCACCACCUGGAUUACUGUAACUCUUGGAAGUUCGGCUAUGCCCAGCUGCACCGUUCAAACUUCCAAGAGCUACAGUACUCCAGAAGAUGGUUGUGGAAAAAAGUUGUCAACUACAAAAAUGAAACUCUAGUUAUGUACUUUAUUUUUCUAGUUGACAACUUUUUUGUAUAAUCACUACCUGGAUUACUGUAGCUCUCAGAAGCUAGGAGUGUCGAAGCGCUAUAGCCAACUUUCAAGAGCCACAAUAGUCCAGAGAACUACAAAAGUCAAGCGCUAGACUGUAAGAUUUCACACACAAUAUCCGAAAAAAUCGAUUUGCAAUCGAUACUGUAUAUUUGCCUUCUAAUGCAACGCGUAGCGAGCGGCGGAACCCGUAGACUGUCGGCCACGUACUUACCCGUCCCUAUAUAACGCUCUUCCUGAAAUGUCGGCCCCCAAUAUCUGCCAUGAUCGAAAAUCAUGCUAAUCAUGAAGAGACGCGUCCGUCUCGCCCUCCAUGUUGCAAACAAUUCACAGGCUGAGCAGACAUCUUUUUGCUUUUUCCAGAGAAAUCUCAGGUUGUGUGGGUCCGAUGGCGAAGGGGGCUCUCAAGGAGGCGCUCGAUCAGUUCCCGGAGAAGAUCAUCUGGAUCUACGUCGACGUUUUUGUGCGGGAUCAGCUCGUCGUGCGUUCGGAUGAGUUCGCCGCCGGUCCCUCGGGAAUCCUCUUCGAAGUGCUCUCUCCGAAUGGCGCGACGAUCGGCGGCGGCGGCGGCGGCGGAUCGGAAAGCGAACGGAGUUAUCACUCGACAAUCUCGACGAAUUCGAUCACAAUCAACACUAUUGUCGUCUUCUACGGAUUCUCCCAAUUCUGGAACAUCUUUCCGUUCAUUUCGCCGCUUUUUUUGAAAAAAGACGCACACGCAUACGCACAAAAACCGUUUCUCACGCUGGACGACGGAAGUACGUGCUGGCCGCAAGAGAAUGUGCAAUUUCUGAUGUGUAUUCCCGACGAGGAAGGGUUUCAUUUGAAUAUGGUCAAAAAGUUUGAUAUUCCGUUUCAUGUGGUCAGUGAGAACCUGAAAAUCGACGUGGCACGGAGUUGGAGGAAGACGUGGCAGAAGAAGUUUGGCGAGUUGUUCAAUGUGAGUGCGAUAUCUCUGCAGCGAGUGAAGAUAUCAAAAAGCCGUCAACAGCAGAAAUGUUUAUCAAGAAAUUGUGCACAUUUUGUCAGUUGACCACUUUUUGAUAUCUCUACAAACAGCUGAGUUAUAUUGUCGUAAACUUUCCAGAAAAUCUCGUUGGUCGAAAUAAUGGACGAGCUUGUGGAGCGUCUAAUUGCUCCAAUGUGCACCCAUUUCUCCACCUCUUUCCUCUGGCCUUCCAUGCUUUUUCAAGUGAUCUAUCAGGAUCUGAUCGAAGUUUUGCCAAUGUGCAGGACGACGUCGGUCAACGAUUCCGUUCGGAUUACUGUCGUUUUGGCCACCGCCAACUUCAUCUCGAUCUUUGUGGAUGAGCAGCGAAAAGUGGAGGCAAAGAUGGGCAAAGUGUUGAGUUCGAUUAAGGAGAAACUUUCGAUUCCGAUUCCUGAAGACGUUUGUAAUUGGAAAAUUUCGUAUCAGGACGCGACGAAACUAGUGCGAUGGGAGGACGAACCGUUUUGUCAGAGCUCUAUUGACAAGGACAGUGCGAUUGGAGAUAUCAUGGUACUUUUUGAGAGUCUAGUUCUGAAAAUUUUUGUGUACAAUCUUCAUGUCUAGUACUGUAUUUUUGCUCUUGACCACUUUUUUCUACGACCCCUCUGAAGAGUACGGUAGCUUUUUGAAGUUCGGCUAUGCCCAGCUGCACCGUUCAAACUUCCAAGAGCUACAGUACUCCAGGAAAUGGUUGUUAAAAAAAGUUGUCAACUACAAAAAUGAAACUCUAGUUAUGAACUUUAUUUUUGUAGUUGACAACUUUUUUGUAUCAUCACCACCUGGAGUACUGUAGCUCUUGGAAGUUCGGCUAUGCCCAGCUGCACCGUUCAAACUUCCAAGAGCUACAGUACUCUAGUGAAUGGUCGUAUCGAAAAGUUGUCAACUGAAAAAAUAUAGUGCUAGUUAUGAACUUUAUUUUUGUAGUUGACAACUUUUCACCACGACCACGAUCUGUUCUAGAUCGUCACUCCCAACAUUGACCGUCUCCUCUUCUACAGUAUCCGUCUGCUCACCUCCGGCCACAAUAUCCUUGUGCACGGACCCUCGUACUCUCGGAAGACAGUGUUUGUGAAGAUGAUCUCAAAAUUCUUGAUCUCCUCAAGCGGCGACGUCGAGUUCAUCUGGCUGGACGGCAAAAGUCGAGUGGGAAAUGAGGUGGCACAGAAGAAGUUCACCGACGUCGUCGCCGUUUGUGAGAAGAUCCAUCAGAGCAAGCAAUUGGUACUUUCCGCUAUUAUAUCUUUCCACUUUUUGCAAUUUCAGUACGUGGUCAUCGAUCGGUUCUCGUUCACAGAGCCACUCCUUCCGAUCAUCGAGUUCUUUGUGGAUCACCGAACGUACUGGAAAGAGGGAAAGUUGUGCAAAUCGGACUCGCCGAUUCGAGUGAGUAUAUCUCAGUUGCCAGAAGAGAUAGCAGAAAGCGGUCAACUGAUAAAAUGUGUAAAAUUGCCUCAUGAAUAUUUUAUUAGUUGCCCACUUUUUGAAAUAUCCACCGACAGCCGAGAUACGGUAACUUUUUGUUCAGAUGAUCAUAGUGACCGACGAGGAGGACUACGCGUGGCUCCACAAAACAAAAGCGUUGACGGCGACGUUCAUCGGAAUCGCCAUGCCUCCGUCGACCGAUUUCAGAGAUCAGAAGACUUUAGUUCAGAGUCUGAUUGCCGCUAAUUUCACUGCAAAGUCAAGAAAACGUCAAGAAUCCUCUAGAAUCUUCUCUUCUUUUUUUCAGGUCCUUCAGCUCCGAAUAUCAUCACAUUCUCGAAGCGUUCUCCUGUUGUAUUGUCGAAAUUGUGCAAAAGACCUAUGUCGUAAGCAAAUGCGCUCCGCUGCACUUUCGACUUUUCAUUUUCGUCUCCAAAUUCAGAGCUGACAAUGGGCGCGCAAGUGCGCCCCGCCCAACAGAGCGAUACAUUGGCGCGAAAUUUAAAUUUUUACAGCAAAAUUUGUGUUUUUUACCAAAUUAGCCACGAAAAAUCGAUAAUUUCUCAUUUGUCUCUCGAUAGACCGAUUGUAUAAGCUAUUACGAUUUUUUUAAGCGCAAGAGCGUCAAACGCAAAUCACAUUUAUCCGUUUGAAGGUUUUUGGCUAAAACUGCGUGAAUUUCAGUUUCUUUUCGGUAAUUUUCGCGGUUCGAGCGCUCAAAAUGUUUGUAUUUACGUGAUUUAUCAUUCUCAAAACCAUUUCUGUCUGAAAAGAAAGCGCAAAAUGAGAAGUGCGCUUUUUAGGCGGCGAAGGCAAAAAAGCAAAGUCCGCGAAAAAUGCGCCAAAACGUCAUUAAUUCUGAGAAUUAGUGUGUUUUCAUGUCGAACAAUCAUUUUUCAUCGCCUUUGGCCACAAAUAUCAGAGCAAACCUGCUCAAUUCGUGAAAACUCUAUUUGGCCGAGCUUUGGAGACCGUGAAAAUUCUUUUUAAAAAAUUGGAGACGAAAAAGGAAAAAAGCAAAAGUGCUGCGUUUCCAGAAGAACCUCUCCUCGAUGGCGCUGGCCACCCGUCUCGCCAAGUCCUUUUUCUUCGCGUUCCCCGACAACUGCCCGGAUCCGGACGCUCUCCUGCGGCUGUUCAUCCACGAAUCCGCGCGUGUCAUCGGCGACGCCAUCGAUCCGAUUCAUCGUCAGACGUUUGCGCGCGAGUUCGAAUCGCUGAUCGACGAGAACUUCAGCACGAGCCAACAGGCGGUUCUCAAGCACAUUGCCCAGAUAGCCGACGUCGAGGACGACGAUUUGGAGGAGGACGAGGACGAGAGAAAACCGGCGAUCAGCAUUGAUAUGUUCGAUCUGAUCUACUCGGAAGUGGAUGCGCACGAUGUCGUCGACGGGCUCAGCUACGAGCCCGUCGUCGAUAGAAUUCAAUUUCAGCGGAGCAUCGAGAACUUUCUGUUCGAACACCAUCGGAACCACCCGAAAGACCGCAUCCGACUGUUCGUGGACUGGGAGACGAGCGGAUGGGUGCAGCGGGUGAUGCGAGUGAUCCGACAGGCCAGCGAGCACAUGGUCCUCACGGCAGCGCCUAGCAGCGGCCGGACUCAAGUCGUCAAAGCGGCCUGCGUGGCUUGCAACGCUACCGUACUCAUUUUGCUGAAUACUUUGCGAAGAUCGACAGUAAUCUUUACAGAUGAUGCACAUGCAAGUCGACGCCACGUCCUACGAUUCGUUCAUUUCGCGAUGGGAGUACGCACUGAGCCGCGCCAUCAAUAUUAUCGCGAACACGAAUCAACACGUUGUGAUUCUGUGUCAUUUGGACUUUUGUGUGAGUCUAGUUUCGAAGAAAUCCGCAAAGAUUACGUGUUCAGUACGAAAAAGUGGAGCCACGUUGGAUGGAGCAGAUAAAACUGUGGAUCGAGUGUCCGAACACUCAACAUUUGGUCUCCGAUGAGGUAGUGUAGUUCUCUGAAAACCUGUGGGUGUAAUCUUUAUGAAUAGCACAAUAUUUUGUCAGUUGACCACUUUUUUGUACAACCACUCCUCGGAGUAUUGUAGCGUUUGAAAUCGCGAACUUUCAAGCGCUACAGUACUCCAGAGAGAGGUCGUAGCAAAAAGUUGUCAAGUAUAAAAAUGAAGUACAAUACCUCGUUUACCCAUAAAAGUUAUCACCUGCCAAACUGUCAUUCAGCAACUUCACCUAAUGGGCGAACAACUGAUCGAAUGCGAGAAGAACUUGGCCACUCAAAUGCAAACUGUCGGCAUGCGAUUACCCGGGUACACUCGUACGCAUUCCACACUCGUCCUAAACGCUCUUUUUUGCAGGCAGAGAAUGUGCAAAUACCUUCCUGUGGAGACUUUGAAAGAGCCUCAAGCCCUUCGGAAAGUUCUGGAGGCCCGGAUCUUCGACGCUCUUCACGUGAUGUUUCUCGUGGAUCCGCAGUUCAAAACCGACUUCUCCUGGUGCACAAUAUUCCAUAUGCCGGUGAGAAUACGAUGGAAUCAUCGCGAAAGUCUUCUAAAAAUUCAGCCAAUCGAGAGAACCGAACUGCUGGCAAAAGUGACCAAGAUCAUCGCGGAUUGUAAACUGGAAAAUACUGCCCAUCUAAUAAUCUCAACCUUCUUUAUCGGUUCAAUUUUUCGUUCUUUCUCUUCUGAUUUAUACCGAACUUUUCAGUUAAAAAACAUCUACAGUCGAUUGGCAUCGCACUGCCUGGAACAGUGUUCAGUCAGGUGUUCGAGGUGGCAGACACGUUUCAAAUUGUGUACGGACAGCGCAAAAAGUAA